AUGGAUAAGUCGCCGGCGAGGUGCUUCAAUUUGCUUUUCCUGGAGGAGGACGAGGAGUACAUGGAUGACAUGCUGAUAACGAUGCGGAGGAGGCAGUCUUCGACACAGCAGUUGGCCUCGACAGAGCAGCUGACCGCGACACAGCCGCUAACCGCAACACAGCCACUAACCGCAACACAGCAAUGGGUUACCACCCGCGGGAGGUUGCGACUGUGCUCCAAGUCGCUGGUGUUCGAGCCGCACAGCGUGGAGGAGCCUGUUUUGAAGUUCCCCUUUAAGAAGAUGGAGAACGCGAAGAUUGGAGCCCUGGGGAAGGAUAUCAUAAUCAAGGCGUCAGAAGUAAUAAAGAUGAAGACGAUUGUGCAUGGCAGGAAGACGAGGUGCACGUCUCAGUUCACCUACGACCGGAAGCAUAGACGCGUGCUUAACGUUAUGAACAGCCUGUACAAUGAGUACUACGAGGAGAUCCGCGGGAUUGAUAAUGACAACAUAGAUGAGAAGAUCCCUCUGUUUGAGAGGAUACUUAACAGCUUUGACGAGAACGAGGAAGGGCCUUCCCCCGUGGGUAGCGCGUCGAGCAGCGGCGUCAACACUUCUGUUAGUGGAAGCGGCACUGGGGUAGCCUCCUUCGUGUACUUCUUCCAAUGCGACGGCGCGGCAAACAGUGCGAAGAAGCUGAGAGAGGUGUACGACAUAAUGGUGAAGAUAAAAAUCGCCAUGGUGGUGCACGAGAAGCAGAUGGAGAUCCUCAUAAAGGAGAAGAAGAGGAAGCAGGAGGAGGGGGGUAGCGUGGGAGGAGGGAGAGGAGAAGGCCUCCUUCCACACCACGCUCAGGGGGAAAGCAGGCAUGACAGCAGAUAUGAAAACGGAGCAAUCGGGACGAGCCUCACAUUGCAAAGCGGUACGCAAAAGGGAAGCGCAUCACCGCCGCUACCCACCGUGAGGGAAAUACACCCGGAGAAGUACAUCGAAAGGAUGAUGGAGAAGCUGACCGAAAAUGUAAAAUUCGAUAUAAGUAGUAUUGGUCUGCACGAAAAAAUCAUCACAAAUCGGAUGGAAGGAUACUGGGUUUUUAAAAUAUCACCUCUACUAAGAACAAAGGGGCUACUAAAUAUAACGAACAAGUUUAUCUACUUCCAAGCCAAUCCUAACUUUACAAAUAAGAAGGAGAAAAAAUGGAAAACAGAAUCGAUUCUUCAUGUGUUUAAGAGAAUUAUAAUAAUGAAGCCAAACGCGCUGGAAAUCAUUUUCGACCAUGAGAGUAAAAAGAAGUACAGCUCGCUCUACGUGGAGUUCAUGAACUUUGGUGAUAGAGAGCAGAUAAUCUCCGUCCUGAAAAAGAUUAACCCUCAAUGCUUCUUCAUCGAAGAGAACAACGAUUUUCUGUAUGCUAUUCAGAAGAAGUGGGAAGGAGGGGCGAUAUCCAAUUAUGAGUAUAUCGAUUUCAUUAACUGUGUUGCUGGAAGGAGCAGGAAAGACUUCUCUCAGUACCCUGUUUUUCCAUGGAUCCUUUGUGAUUACGAGAGAGAAGAACUAAACCUCAGUGAUGAUUCGAUGUUUAGAAAUCUGAGGAAACCAGUGGGAUGUCUCAACACAGAUAGGCUAAAUUCCUUGAUUGAGAAAAUGCAGGACCAUGAUUAUUUCUAUGGUUCCCAUUACUCUACCCUGGCAUAUGUUGUCUACUUCCUCAUUCGGCUACAUCCUGAAUGUCAAUUAAAGCUGCAGAGUGGCAAGUUUGACACGCUGUCUAGGAUAUUCCUCUCCAUUGAGGGCACCUUCAACACUGCUCUGAAUGCAAAUUCGUCCUUCAUCGAACUCAUCCCCGAGUUUUAUGAAGACAAUGAUCAUUUUUUAAAAAAUCUCCUUAACAUUAGCUCAAACGAGGGAAAUAUACACGAUGUCAUUCUUCCCAAAUGGUCUUCCUCCGCGAAAGACUUCUUAACCAAGAUGAAAAAUGCCCUGGAGAGUAACUAUGCUAAUAAGCAUCUCAACGAAUGGAUUAAUCUAAUUUUCGGAUAUAAGCAGUAUGGACAAAUCGCGAAGGAAAAUUUCAACCUCUUUCACCCCCUUACCUAUAUGCAUACCAUCCUGAAUGAGAAACUCUCCACUGCCAACUAUAAAUCUCAUCGGGAGAGAAUCAGACAGGAGGAGGAAGAAGAAUUUGAGAGAAACUUUAACGAUAAAAUUAAAUCUCUCAUUACGACUAUGCCUUCCAAAGCCUUGAAAACACAGCUGCAUGAAUUUGGACAAUGCCCUUUUCAGAUUUUUAGAGAACACCAUGUUUGUAGGAAAUCCUCCGUCACGUUUAAGUACCGUGAGGAUAUUAGUAACUCACCCUGGUACUACUCUCCCGUGUUUAAGCAAGUGCUGCGCGAUUUGUACUUCAAACGCAAGCGAAGGAAAGACUUGAAAAUGCGCAGGAGGUUGCUCAGUCGCAGACCCGUCGUGGGGGGCGCGAACGUGACCCAAGAGGAGGAGGAUGAUGACGACGAGGAUGAGGAAGGGGACGAUGACGAUGAAACAGACCAUGACAACUACGAAGCGGAAGAGGAGCGAGAACGCCACUACGACGAGGAUUACCCUGAUGAGGGACCCCUUGAGGGAAUCGUCCUUCCUGAUGGGGCUAGCGAGGAGGCCGCGCAGGAUCCCCUCCGGGGCAAGAACAAACGACGAGGCACCGCGGGAAGCACUCCCCUUGUGGAGGACAGAACCAACACCAAGUACACGCGGAAGAGGGAAUCAGAAAAGGAAGCCUAUGGAGAGUAUUUAAAAAAAAACCACUGGAAACUACAUAGAAGCGACCAUUUCCCCUGUGUUGUCAAAGGAGUUUCGCACAACAGCUCAAACGUCUGCUUCGUCUGUAACAAUGGAUUCAUAAAAAUAAUCACUCACAAGGAUCUAAUUAGGAGCGAAAUGAGGAAGAACGCCAAUUUGAUUUCGUUAAAAAUUGGGGACGAAAACUUCUCGUGCGUUACCAGCACGCAGGGGAAGUACCUCAUAGGGACUUCCAACGGAAAUGUUCUCUUACUAAAUCCGCAGAGCAUUUUGAAGGCGAACGAGGAGGGUGCGUCACGAACGGGGCGGCCAGGCGUGGCAGCAUCCAGCGGGUCGACGUCCCCCAAGGGAGAUGCGCAGGUCGAUUCAAAGGCUCACGAGGGUGCCGCCAAUGUAAGGCACUCCGCUAAUCCCGGGGAUGCUGGCGCCCUGUCCGACGACUCGAGUAUCCCGCUCAGCGACUCCAGUCACUCGCUGCUGUCCUCCUUCGACGACGUGUUUGAGUAUGACUCACACAUGGGGGGGAAGAAUACCAAAGGGAAGCGAAGGAAAAAGGAUUUUCUCCUUAGCGCAAACAUUUACAGCGAAAUGAUCACGAGGAAAUUGCAUAACGACACGGUAAACAGCAUGAGCUUUUUUGACAGCUACCUCGCGACAGGGUCGGCAGACGAAACGGUGCAACUGCUAAGCAUUGAGAGGGAUUUCCAGAGUUUACAAAUAUAUGACAAUUUCACCGAACCUGUGAAAUUCGUGCAGCUAAAAAAUAAGCUUCUGUUUACUUACUCGGAUGGAUUCAAGCUCUUCGACAUACGGGUUCCGCGGAGGAAGCUUCAAUUGGGUAGCCUCAAUGGGAAGAGCAACCUGGUGAGUGGGCACCGGGGAAGCGGCAAAAUGCCCCCAAAGGGGGGUAGUAGUGCACUGGGGUCCGGAAGGUUUUUUCACCUCUACGACAAUGAGAAAGUGAGACGUUUCUACAAAACGAUUCAGAAGGUAUACGAGCAAAGUUACAUCACCGUAAAUUAUCUGACCCCGCAGUACCUUUUUGACAAAAAAAUGAAAAAAAAUCUGAAUUCGACUUUUUUAAAAAAUUCAAACAGAAUCAUUUACUGCUCUCUCAUCAAUGAUAAUACCAUCUUUAGCCUAGACAGGAAUAGUAACUUUUAUUUUUAUGACAUUAGGGGGGACAACUGGGUGAAUGAUCUUUCGACCAGACCCACAGAGUGCAGAAGAAAUAGCAGAAGUGGAAGCAGAGACCAAAGCGGAAGCAGCUUCCUCAUCACAGCUAGCUGUGACGACAGGCAACAGUUAUGUGCAGUUAACACGGUGGGAGAUAUCUUUUUUGAGUCGAUACAUUCUUGGAACCUUCCUAAUGACCCUCUUGAGGGGGAUGAUGAUGGCAAUCCUGUGACGGGAUCUGGCAGAACGAAUGUUUUCACCUCCAGAUGUUCCUUCAGCCCGUCAUACAUUUCGUUUAUUAAUCACCCUGACUGGUUGGGAGAUUCCGCUGUCCACAGUGAGGGCGACAGUGCAAAUAGCUCCUGCAAUUAUAUUUUGUUUACGGGCGCUGACGGGAAGAUGGAGAUACACACAAGGGGGUAG